AUGACAGAAUGGAAUAUUAUCAAGAUCGAAAAGUUCGACUACCCUACCUCAUGGUUCACGGAUACUGAGCCUCCAGAUUGGGGCUUGUGGGAUUUAUGCUUCUUUAAGAUCAUAUCUAGUUACCUGGGCGAGCCUGUUCAAUAUGCUCAUCUCAUUGACACUGAAUGUAGCGUUGAAAAUUCAGCGAUUCUCAACUGUACGGAAACAUGUUCUAAGGAAGAGGAACUGUUCAAGAAUCCUGAAAACCUAUGGAAUUGUGUGAUGUUGGCAACACUGGCCGUCCAGACAGUUGAUCGAAAUGAUACAGUACAACCGGGAAAUGAAAGUGAAGCAAACAAUAUCUUCAACUUUGGUUCCCUAGAGGACUUCCAUCAGUUACGAGUUCUCGACACGUUACGUGGCUGUCUAUGGGAGUCAUGCUCGACCUUUGACGAUGGAAAAUGUGUGCCUGCUUUCGGUCCUUUUCAGUCGACGAAUGUGACUGCAGAUACUAUCAUCGAGUUUGGAAAUGUCCUCAAUAACAGCUACUGUGAGGGGGUCGAUUUUCAGAUUGACGCUGAUAUAACAGGUCCAGGUGUGCUUCUAUCUUCUAUCAUCCAGUCAAUUAUGGGUCUUUGCUGCUCCUUUCUCUUUCUCGUUCUGGCGCUUCCGCUUCCGGUAUUGUUAAGAUUUGAUAAGAAAAGUCUAUGGAAAGCCUAUCGCCGCCCAACAGGACCUAAACGUUACGUCAGAAUUUGGAAACGUUUAUUCACUGCCAUUAGCUCGAUCCUGGUUGACCUUCAGGAAGCGCAAGCCCUCUAUUCCUGUGUCCUUUCUGUUGCAGAAAUUGUAACAUUCAGCAAUUACACGAGCAUAUCUGAGAGCAUGCCAGUUUUAAACUACGUUGCGAACCUGAGGGUCUCUCAAGGUAUUGUAGCAGCCAGCUUCUUUUCGCUGUUACUUACCCAGGCUCUGCUCCAGCUAGUAACUAUAGCAACGGGCUAUGGACCUGUUCUUUAUGGUGGUAGACUGGGCUUUGACAUUAGUCAUUCGAUAUCAUCAAAGCGUUGA